AUUCAUUUUGAUAUGUUUUGCAAUAUAAAUUUAUAUAAUCAAGACAAUUCCAUACAUAAAACCCUUAUAUAGUGUAAAACCUAACUCUAGGUUUGAUUCUCAUCGUGUCUAAACUUAUCCCUUCUCCUCCAAAUGGACCCCUUUACCUUGAAAACAGAAAAGAAAAAAAAAAAUAAAAAGAAAAAGGUAAAUAGUUACCUCUAUCUAAAUCUAUGUGGUGGUCUCGAAAAGACCUGAGACUUGGUGACGCAAUGGCUGAUAUUGGUUUGAGCACAACAUUCAAUAAAUACUUUCGACUACAUUUCUUCUCACCACAAAAAUGAAAUUACAGAUCACAAAAUUAAAACACGUACUAAUGCGAUACUACUUUACUAUUGCUAUAUAAGAAUACAACUAGCAAUAUAACACGUUUAAUUUCUACAACCAAUAUUACUACUUUACUUUCUUCUCGUUGUAUCAUAUUCUUAAUUUCCGAUCUCAUGGGAGAGGAAAAGAAAGAGAUUGUUGCCGGAGGAGAAGGUCAGGUUGAAGAGAAGAAGGAAAAGGCGAAUACCGACGAAGCCAAGAAUAAUAAUAAUGAGAUUAUUGUAAUCAAAGUUGACAUGCAUUGUCAAUGCGAGGCUUGUGCCAAGAAAAUUUCUAAAGCUCUUAAAGGUUAUCAAGGGGUGGAAGACGUAGCAGUGGACCGAAAGACGAACACAGUAAUGGUAAAAGGGAAGACAGAUGAAGCUUUGAAGUUAUGUGACCGAAUUCGCCACAAAACUGGACGUAACGCUCAAUUACUUUCUCCCUUGCCUAAGCCUCCUCAGGAAGAGAACAAACCUAAACAAGAAGAGAACAAGGAUAAAAAGACUGAACCUGCGCUUAAGGAUCAACCACCUCCCGUAGUAACAAUGGUACUUGGAGUUCAUAUGCAUUGUGAAGCCUGUGCGCAGCUCCUACGGAAGCGCAUUCGAAAGAUUAAAGGGGUAGAGUCCGUAGAAACAGAUGUAGGCAAGAGUCAAGUGAUUGUGAAGGGUGUGAUAGGAGAUCCAGAGGCAUUGGCUAAGUAUGUGCAUAAGAAGACAAGGAAGCAAGUGUCCAUUAUCAAGGCUGGUAACGAACAAGAUAAUCAGCAAGACGCGACAACGAAGCCCAAGGCUAGUAGCAAUGAACAAGAGAACAACAAGAAAGAUGAUGAUAAUAAGGAGGUCAUUGAUAACACUAUAAUUGAUCAAGAUGUUAAGAUGAUGAUGAUGAAUAAUAUGAUCAACAGUUCGAAUGAUUAUUAUCGGCCAUCAUCAGCAAGGUAUGACUACAUGACAGAUUAUUAUAAUAACGAUCAUCAUCAUUAUAAUCAUAAUUAUCAGCCUCCUCAAGUGUUUAGUGAUGAAAACCCUAAUGCUUGCUCUAUUAUGUAAUGUAAACCUCUACCCUAUAUAUAAUAGCUUGUAAUAAAUUUUGUAAAAUAAUUAUUGCUUUGAAUUUUAUUAUGUAAUGUAUUAAAUAUAUAUAUGAAUAAUGAUUUUGUG